AUGUAAUCCUCAACAAACCACCUGUGAUUGACUUCAAAGCUCGAUGGCCUGCCUUGUUUGAGUUUUCCCAGGUAUAAUGAACAUUUUAAUCAUGUCUUCUCAUUUUAAUCUGUUUCUCUUGCCCAUGUGCGUCUGUAAUUCUUUUCUCUCUGUAUCUCAUUAUGUUUCUACAUGUUUGUCUCUUGGUCUCUCAGAUUGAGGAGGAAUUCCGCAGGAUCACACUGAAGCCACUUCAGUCCACAUUCCUGGGCAAGUUGGACCAAUACACACCCCAGCUGUUGAGCCUGUACAGGAGGAAGGGUGGAGCCGUUGGGAAGAAACUUGAUGAGACCCUUGACAUGCUGAAUGAGGACAGCAACAUUGAGUCCCGAAGAGAAGUUGUGAUCAGAGGCCUCAUUCUCUACCUUGGUGAAAACACUGGAGAGUUAAUCAAGGACUUCCAGGUUUUCGAUGACGACGAUGCUGCAGCUGUCCAAGAAGCCAUUACUACAUUUGUCCUCGGCAUCUUUGUGGUCAGCAAAGCCAGGGAUGGUCUCCCCAAGCAAGCUGGAAUAGCCAUCGAGGGAGCAGAAGUCCUUUUUGGUAUCCCAGAUGUGGCACAUGCUUGCACCUAUCUGAUGGGCCUUAUCUAUGCCUUGGAACUAAGGUACCCUAAUAAACUGAAAUACACAUUUGAGGUCUUUCAGAAGAUCUUUUUGGAGCUGGAGGAUGCAAACAAAAAAAUGUCCUCCAAAGUCCAUGAUCUCAAAGUCUGUUUGCAUGCUUAA